AUGAGUGACUAUGAGGUGACCCUAGUCAAUGAUAAUAGUAAGCAAGAAUUUUAUGUCCGCUUCAAAGGCCCUGAGGAAAGUAGGUAUUUGGAUACCCAGGCGCCUAUGUCUUUUACUUACAGCGACACAGCACCUUUCUCCGGUGGUCACUGGAAGAUCCACGUCGAGUUACCCGACCAAUACCCCUACAAGAGCCCUAGUAUCGGGUUCGUAAAUCGGAUAUUCCACCCCAACAUUGACGAGCUUUCCGGAUCGGUUUGCCUGGAUGUCAUCAACCAAACAUGGUCACCGAUGUACGACAUGAUCAACAUCUUUGAGGUCUUCCUUCCACAACUCCUGCGCUAUCCGAACCCAUCGGACCCGCUAAACGGUGAAGCUGCCGCAAUGCUGAUGAGGGAACCUAAGAGUUACGAGGCCAAGGUGAAGGAAUACGUGGCAAAGUACGCUAGCAAAGAGGCCGUCGACGAUGCCGGAGAAGACACAGAGUCUGAAGAUGAACUGAGUUCCGCGGGCAGCUACGAAUCCGGCGGGGAAGAACCAGCCGGUACGAUGGACGAUGUGUAA